AUGGCGAGCAAAAGCAACUACAGCCUCUGGAUCGGGAACAUCCCGUUCGACGCCACCGAGAGGGAGCUAGAGGAAAUUCUGUCCAAGGUGGGACAAGUAGUAAGCGUGCGCAUCAAAUACGACGUCGAUAAAAACCUCAGUAAGGGCUUCGCCUUCUGCGAGUACAAAGAUUUAGAGACCUGCAUGCUGGCGCUCAAGUAUCUCAAUGGGUAUGAGUUGAAGGGGCGGAAACUGCGCCUGUACUGGGCCAACGAUGAAUUUAGGGAGAACCUGGCAAGCGGCGCAUUCUCCGAGUUUGCCAGUGAUGCAUUUUCCCGGUUUGGUGCCUUCUCCGGUGGCGGCCUGCUGUCCAGGGGCAGGGGAAACGAAUACGGAGCAAUUCGCAUAGGAGCGGGGUUGCCACCCCCGCUCAAGGGAAGCACUAAAUUGGAUGCAUCCAUGGGGUCAAACGGUCUCUACAGCAGGAAGGGGAAAGGACAGCUAACCUACACAACAAACACAGAAAGGAACGUAGAGGAGGAAUCUUAUCCGCUUAAGCAUACAGAUAUAGAGAUAAACACCCCAAACCAAAGCAACAUGAAAAAGGUCUUAAUAUCGAAUAUAAUCCAUACGUUGACAACAUCUCAGAUUAUGUGCAUCUUGAGUUUCUUUAAGAAAUACACCACGGAGAACACAGGGAUGAUGCAGUUUUAUUUCCAACGGCACAGGAACGUGGCGUACGCACUGCUACAUUGUCUGUUCCUCAUGAAUGUGAUUAGCGAGUAUACCAUCGCAAAGAGCGACUUGCAGAUAGUGAUCAGUGACGAGGCGCUGAUGAAUAAGGCGGAGCGAAUGACACAAAUGAGACGAAGCGGGAAAUUAAAGAAAGGCCUCUCACAGGUAGCUGAUGUUGAGGGGGGAGCGACCAAACGUACAGACGAGGAGGAGCAGCAGUACAACCCUUACCAGCGUGAUAAUCCGCGGAGCAUCUCGCAUGGGAGAAGUGACAGAAGGGGAGGAAGACUCCUUGGAGAGAAUGUCACUUAUGAUCUCAGUGAAGAUAAUCCCUUGGGGGGAAGUACCUAUGGUGGUCCUCAAUCCCAUGUACUUAACUUAACUAGUCCACCUUCUGUGGGAGGAUCCACAGGGGUGGGAAAGACAAAACGCGGAGGUACCACUACCACAGGGUUGUAUGCCAUAACGAAGAAGGAGGUCUCCAAUUUGGGUAACGCAAAAGGAGGCAUAUCGAAUGGAGAAGAAACAGAGGAGUGUACAGGGAGGGAUGUCAAAUACGAAGGGUGUCCAGAUCAGUAUAGUAGUAGGGUUAACCCCCUUUACCCAGAGGGGAACAGUCACACUAGCACUAAUUCAAAGCAGAGGAGGAGGAUGAAGAAGGAGUUUUACAGGAGUGCCAUCGUAAGUGGUUCUUCCUUAACAUAUCAAAGCAACAUUGAGCAGCUUCAAGAUGGCAGGUACAACGAGAUGGACGUUGGAAUCGAUGGAGGGGUGAACCAACUGAAUAGUAAGGGUGCAUCUGAUUUUAAGUUGAAUUACUUAUCUGAUUAUGCCACUGUCGAAAGCUCCAUGGGGAUAAAUGCUACGAUUCGUAUUGGAGGAGGGGAAGUAAACACCUCUGUAGGCCAUACCGAUCGGAGGUACCAUGUUCCCCGUGGGGGGGGCAGCGAUGUAGGUAAUGAUGAGGGGAGCAUAUCAUCCGGAUUGAAGCAAUGUAAGGGGGAGAGGAUCGUGCACCCCUUUGAUAAGGCCCCCACGGAGAGGAGUGACUUAGACAUGCGCAGUGACCUUCAGGACAUGGUGAGUAACACAAAACGGGUAGCAGGCCUGGAAGACCAUCCCCUGUAUGGAAGAAACGUGAAUGAGAUGAAUGGCUCAGGGGAGGCAUACUCUGUGAAUUAUGUCGAGGCGGAUGGAAGGAGCGGAAAUGAGCAGGUGGGAAAGAGGAGGAACAACGCCAAUGUGAAGCACGUUGUGGGGGUAGGGAGCGAAAGCGGUAGUGGCGCUGGUAGUGGUACUGGAAGUGCCCUGGGUAGCGGUCUCGGCGGGGGCUUCAGCGGCGAUGACUAUGCCCCCUUUCGCGGAUCCCCCCCGGAAAACGUCCCUGCGGUGGAGAACAGCUUCAGUUUCAGUGACAGGGAUAGGGAUAGCGGAAAUAGUAGCGGGCACGUUUUUCCAGAGAAAAGAAGAAACCGAAGGCGGCAAGGUCUCUAUGGUAGUAGUAGUGGUAGCUACAUGGGCAGAGGUGCGGAGGGGGCACUCGCAAGAGGGGAUGUCGCCGCAGUGGCGUCGACGCAGGGCCCUCCCAACGAGGGUGUGCUUUCACACCCCACCUACGCAAACGUGGAGGUGGCGGACGACGAACUGGUAAACGAGGUGGUGAAGAACAAAGACAUCCUUAACAACAUUUUAAAGUCACGCGUGGAGGACAUGACAAGUUGGAGCAAUGAGCAGCGUGUGCAGGUCUUGUCCAUCCAGAAGGCGCUGCAGCUGAAGGGGUACGGGCUGCAGUGA